AUGUUGUGGAGUAAGGGAACUUCGCGGUCCAGUAAAGAGAUGUUGCUGGUGCUGGGUGUUGGCGGCAUGAAGCAGCGCCAGACAGGCAAGCGCCAAGACAACGUCACUUAG